GCUAGUCUAACCUCAGAAACACACGUGAAAAGUUUGUGAAAAGUUUUGUGAGUGUUAAGUUUUGUUUUCGUGAUAAACAGUGCCCAUAAGUACGAUGAGCACGUCUUUAGCAGAGCAACUGCAAAGACUUGCAGUCCCACAAACCGCCGCACUUCGUCGUAGUGAUAAGAAACGUGCUUCCAUACUCUUUGAUGUGAAGGAAGCAGCAGGUAUUUCCAAGGAAACUCUAUUCCAAAUUGGUUGUGAUGGUUUUGAAGAGCUAAAAUCUAAAAAUCCAGUUUUUGCCACUUUUGAGCACAGUCUAUUUCAUCUUGUUGGCAAGCAAUUUGAAAGAGCUGUGCAGACUGCUGAAGCAAAUCAGAAAUUAGACAAAACUUUAAAGAGUUUCUUCUAUCAACUCUCACCAUACUUUUUAAUGACUGCAGCCCACAAGGCACUAGAAUGGCUUGUUUAUAGAUACCACAUUCAUAACUACAAUAAAGAUGACUUAAUUCUGCUGAUUCUGCCAUAUCAUGAUACAAAUAUUUUUGUUAGAGUAUUGCAAAUCAUUGAAAUCAAUGAUAAUGAUAAAUGGCUUUGGUUGCAACCUCUGCAGAAGCCAGGAGUACAUCUUUCCAAACAUGUUUUAUACAAUCAUGCAGGAAGCAAUCCAGGAUUUAUUCAAUUGUUAUCAGAUUAUGUGCUGGGAGCAAUCAAAGAACAUGAGAAACCGUCAUAUUUAACCGUAUUGUUUAAUUUCUAUUGUGCUACUUUUACUGGAGCAGUGGAAAAGAGCAUAAAUUUAAAUGAUACACAUGUUGUGCAGAUGUUACCAUCAAUUAUUAAAGGUCUAAAGAGUGAGAUUCCAGAUUUUUGUGCAUCUGCUUACAUAAUCCUCUCUAAAAUUUUAACCAAGGUAACAUUGAGUAAAAAAGUUUUGGAUUUGUUAAUAGAAAAGUUGACAGAUAUGAAUGUCUCAAUGUUGAACACUGAGGCACUAUUAGUAAUGAUUGUUUUGUAUCAAUCACAAGAGAAUUAUAAAACUAUGCCUGAUACAGCAGUGAAAAACUUAGCAGAAAAGAAAUGGUUACCUAACUUGUUGAGAGAACUUGGUAAUACUGGUUGUUUAAUCAGUACUGUUUUACUACCAAUGUUAGGAAGUGGGAUAAAAACUGGAAUUAUGGAAGUGUCUACUGAUCAUGGAAAGACUUUGGUUAGCAACUUACUUGGAGCUUUAAAACUUGAGGAAGAAAUCAUUCAUGAAAUUUUUGAAGUUAUUACAACAUCUUACAAGUUGAAGAUGUCAUAUCCAGAAAAAACAACAAUUUGGUUGAAAUCAGUAGUAGAAACAAUCGAACAUCAAUAUCCGUUAUCAUUCGAUAAGGAAGUUGGACGUAUCAUGAAGAAUUCUACCGAUAAGCAACUUCAAUAUCAACGUAAAGUAUUUGAACGCAUUAUUGAAAAUGUGAACAUGAAGGAUCAAGUUAAUUUCUUCGAGAAGCUUUACCACCCACAAGACGACAUCAGGAAAAAUGCAAUGAAAAACAUUAUAAAACGAUAUACAUCUUUGAAAGAUCGUGAACAAGAUCUAUUGAAAACUGUACUUAUUGAUCGUCUUAACGAUGACAACGACGAGGUUUUUAAAGAAACUUUGAAGAUCACAUUGAAGAGCCUUGUCAACAUCUUGGACAUGCAAGAAUUGAAAGAAAUCUUGGUAAAGUUGCUAUAUAAACACAAGUUUGACAAGUUUAGUUUUCAAAUAAUAGAAAAACUGGUACAAAUUGACGGCGCACAUGAUGAUUAUGAAGUAUUAAUUGCAAUUUUUCCCUAUAUUAUGCCCUGCAAUGAAGUGGCAUUUAGAAGUGCAAACUUUUUAGUACAAGAGUUUAUACCAAAGUGUGAACCGUUAAAAGUUUUACUAAAUCUUAUUAAAAACUGUACGAGUCAAUCGGAUUUCAACACCACAGUGCUGAAAAACCUUAAGAAAAUCAAGUUAGAUCAUAAUUUGUUGAUGGAUACCGUUACGAAAAGUCCCAAUGCUGAUGAUACAACAUUUAAAUUCACCGUAGCCAUCUUGCUCAGCAAAACUUCAACCGAUUUCUCAGCAAAAAUGGUUCCGAUUGUAAUUGAUAAUUUAAAAACUUCGAGUGUUAAGUUUGAGAGAGGAGACAAGGGCUUUGAUUACCUUCUUGCCAUAAAAAGAUUACCUUUAGCGGGAUAUUUGAAUUGUAUUGAUGACUUGAUCAAGAAGUGCCCAAAACAAGCCCUUCACAUAUAUGACUUUUAUCAAGACGGAGACUUUACGAAUGCCUGUAUAUCGAUGUUCAACUUUUUAUUGGAAGGCGCCUUCGCUCCAAAAACCAGCCACGCAGAAAUUUACGCAAAAAGUUUAAAUAUUUUCUUGAAAUAUUUUGCGCUUAACAAUGAAGUUGAAUUUCUUCUGAAUUACGUUACUUGUGAUAAUAGGCAAGCAACGCUUGGGAAUAAACUGAGGUCACUUAAAAGUGCACACGCGCUUUUACAAACUAAAAAAUCAUUUGUUUCUGUAACAUCUGAGAGCUACAUUGUAUCUUAUUUAUUAGUUUGUUUACAUUCUGAGCAUCAAAUUAUCAGAAAUAUUUCCCUGCAAUGUCUAUCUAGAAUUGUUAAUCUGACGAAAUAUUAUAAACAAUUGGUUCUGAUGGUGUUAGACAGAACGGAAGAUAUUUUACAGGACGGUGAGCAGUUGCCAUAUGCAAUUGGCUGUGGUGAUGAAGAAAUGCUAACAAAUGUUUUAAAUUUGGUUGCACUGUUGAAUGAAAAUGUUCCAAUUUAUUUAAAGUCUGGAAUUGUGGCUGCUUGCGGUAGAAUUGAUAAUCUGGAACUUUAUAAAACUAUUUUGGAGUACACUAUGACUAUUGCAACAACGAAAAAUACACAAACAAGGAAAAUUGUCACCGAUUGUAUUGAACAGUUUACAACAUUGAUGGCCAAGUCCACAACAGUGUCGUCUGUACUUUGGAUUUUUAUCACAGCCAUGUUGAAAGACGACCAAUCAUCUUUGGAAACCAUCUCGCCAGCUAUUAUGCUUCUUAACAAAAUUGAUAAACAAAUGUUCAGUGCAUUUACACCUGCAGUUCAAAUGAAACUUCUUGAUUUAAUUAUUGAAAUGACAACGAAUUCGACAAACCCAGAAAUGUUGCCAGCUGCUACGAAAGUUUUCAAACACAUAGACUUGGAUGCGCUUGCUAUUUUGGACCUGUUGCACAAUAUGCGCGAUGUUGUUUCUCCUAAGUUACAAACGAAAAUGCGGCGAAGAAUUUCCGUUGUUCCAACUCUAGAUAUAUUGGAUACAAGCGAAUGGAGAAAAGCCACUACCGUUCUGGAAUUUAUCCAAGAUAAAAAGAAGAUGCGCAAUAUAGACAAGUUAAUUCCGGUUUUAUUCGACAUUUUGAAGAAGUGUUUGGAUUUUGAUGAGCAGGCAAGUGUAGAAUAUCCCAAACAAUUGGUAUUAUCCAGCAUUCUUCACUAUUGUGAUAAAAUUGAUCCAACAAUACUACCGCAAAAUAUUUUCAACAUGGAGCUGGUAGUACAAUGCAUUCGGGCAUCUCCUAAUCCACAAACGCAUCAUCAUGCGUUACUGCUUCUUGCGAAAGUGGCUUCAUUUAUACCGAAUCAGGUCUUGCUACAUAUCAUGGCUAUCUUUACAUUUAUGGGUUCAUCGGUAUUAAGACACGACGAUGCUUAUAGUUUUCAAAUUAUAGCAAAGAUAAUUGACACAAUAAUUCCCAUUUUGGUUAAGGAGAGAAGCAAAAAUGAUAUUGUGAGUGUUCUAAGAGUAUUUGUUGAUGUCAUAUUGGAUGUUCCUGAACAUAGACGAAUGCCUCUGUAUAGUCAACUCUUAGAACAAAUUGGUCCCAAAGAGAAUCUAUAUAUUUUUGCAUUGUUGAUUUUUGAAGCGCACGUUUUUAAUAAAACUAAAGAGGGAACAAAACGAUUGGAUAUUGCAAAGAGUUUGUGCUUGGAGUUUUCACCCGAAGUUAUCAUUUUGACAUCGAUUCAACUUAUUGAUUUUGUUAAGUCUCUACCGGUUGAUAAAGAGGAUUAUAAAGAAGGUGAUUUUCUUUUCGACGUUAAGAAUAACACUCCGAAACAGUUUAGACAUUUCAAAUAUACCUUGGUACUGUUUGCGUCGAACUUGUUGGCAUCUAAAGAGUUGGUAAACCAGGUUGCCAAGUUAAGCGAUGAUGAAAAUGAACAUCUUGAAGAACAUUACAAAAAACUUAUUGUUAACAUUCUAACAUACAUUCAGAGCACAUCUAAAGUGGCAGAGAAUAAUGCAAAUACACCUCAAGCACAAUAUUGGAAGGUGAUGCUUCAUCACACCUAUGAUUUGUUGGACAGUUUAAAUGCAUUGUUAACAGCACAAAUGUUCUUAUUGGUGGUGAAAGGAUUGAUGACACAUCAACUUAACACUGUAAAACGAAGAGCUCUAGAACUUCUUAAUAGUAAACUUCAGGUAAAUCCAGAAUUCUUUAGUGACUGUGAACAGCGUGAUUUAUACGCAAUGAUUCCACCCUUGAUAUUAAUUAUCAAAGAAGUAGAGAAAGAUUCGCUGGAUUCGGAUGAAGAGGUCAUUAUUCAGACAGCUUUAUUGAGUUUAAAAUUAUUUGUCCGUUUGCUUGCUGCAGAAAAUCCUGAAAAGUUUGUGCAAAUUUUAUAUUUCAUCACUGAACUGAUUAAGUCAAAUAUUGAUGCUAAUAUUUUGGCGUCUGCUAUUUUGUGCUUGGCUGAGUUAUGUACACAUUUACGAUCGCAUUCUAUAUCAUCGCUACCUAAAUUUAUGCCGGCGAUUAUUAAAGUACUAAAAACACAGAGCAAGGAAGAAUAUCCCACUUUAUUAUUGCUCAGUUCAGUAACAACUUUACAGAAAAUUCUUGACGUCCUAUCGCUAUUUAUAUCGCCAUAUUUGGAGAAGCUAUUGUGCGAAAUUUGCAACCUUACAUCAAAAUGGCAGGAUGCUGAUGAUUCCAAGACAGGACCAUUUGUAACCAAAAUGAAAAAUAUCCGAGAAAAACUGGGUUCGUCGAUUCCUUCCAGAGUCCUUAUACCGUCCGUGGACGCAUCGUACAAAAUACUAAACACGAAAGCAAAGUACAAUUCGAUUGGCCCUCUUAUGGAAAUAUUAUCAGAAAGCUUGACGCAUCUUAAAGGUGCAGAAAUUCAACAGGACUUGCCAGAAUUAACGACGUUCUUCUUGUAUGCUUUGGAAUUUAGAGCCACAGCAAAAUCUAGCGAAACCAUCAAGGAUGAUGUUAUUAAACAAGUAGAAACUUGUGUCAUAAAAGCGGUGACUAAUUUAGUUUUAAAACUGUCUGAAAGUUCGUUUAGGCCAUUCUAUUACAAAUUGUACGAUUGGGCGAUUCGUUCGGAAGGUAAAAAUGAGAAAAUCAUUACGUUUUACAGUUUCUCUUAUGGUGUAGCGAAUUCCCUCAAAGGUCUAUUUGUUCUGUUCGCUGGUCACUUCAUAAAUAACGCAGCAACUGUCCUAGAAUCAUGCAACACGAAAAACCAACCGUUGUACUUCGAAGAAGAACACAAGAAUAUUGAACUAUUGGAAAACAUAUUGAAGACUUUAAAUUUGGUGUUCAUGUACGACAGUCAUAAAUUUGUCAAUAAGGAACGUUUUGACAUCCUCAUGCAACCUGUGGUUGAUCAGUUGGAUAACACACUUGGAAAUUAUGAAGCUCGAGUGCGCGAUAUUGUUAUUCCAACUGUAGUUAAUUUUACAGUGGCGACUGGAGAUGAUUCUUUGUGGAAACAGUUAAAUUACCAAAUUUUGUUGAAAAUGCGUGAUGGAAAUCCGAAGAUUCGGAUGUUGGCUUUGGAAUGUUUGAGAGAUGUGUGUAAGAAGGUAGGAGAAGAUUUUCUACCUUUGCUUCCCGAAACAAUUCCGUUUUUGGCUGAAUUGUUGGAAGACGAAGAGGAAGACAUUGAGAAGGCUUGUCAGAAAACGAUUCAAGAAUUGGAGAAGGUUCUUGGUGAACCUUUGGGUAAAUACUUUUAAAUUCUAUGUACAGAAACAAAUUUUUUGUAAACGUAAAUUUAUUAAAUUUCGUCUCGUAACUAA